AACUGUAAUCCAUACAGACGGCGUGGUGCUCAGGAUGACAGCAAUCUGAUGCUGCCUGCGUCGGAGACAAAGCUCAGAUUGCUCUGCUUUUAACAAGACAUCUGCAGAAGUCUUGGACGGGCGGACUCCUGCAGCCCGGGACCGUGCAUCGCCAUUGGCCGGCUGAAUGAAUGACUUGCAAACUUGCCCAUCUAUUAUGCAUGUCAGUUUACCUUUAGAGCGUUCUUGAGCUCAUUUCCAGGUACAGACAACCGAGAGGCUGUCGGCGAAAAGGAGAAGCUCUGAUCAUCUUGUGGCACUGCGUGAGGAGUCAGAAAUGGAGCUGAUUGGAUCCACUCUCACUGCCACAUAUGCUCGGCCAAAAACCAGCCACUUCCUCCCUGCCAUCUCCACCAUGGCAUCCAGCUACCGCAACACUCAUCCUGCCGUGAAUCCGGCGGCCAACCUGUGGAGGACCAACAGCAACUACAGGAGCGGCGGCGCGGUCCCGACCUCCGCCUCCAUGCAGAGAGAGAAUCUAGACCUGGUCCGAGCCCACACCAUGUUCUACCCGUCGAACAGGACGGCGAUGAGUACCCGCUACACCCCGGACGACUGGCACAAGUCCAACCAGAGCAACUACUGGGAGUCCGAGUCGUCCCGCAAGAGCGCAGAGAGACUGAGGAGAGACACCAUCCGGCUGAUGCAGGACAAAGAGCAGCUGACCAGGAGAAGCCAGGAGACGAGCAGCAAGAACAUCGGCGAGAGACUCAAUGAUAUCGUCUUCUGGAGGUCGGAGCUCACCCACGAGAUUGACAACAUGGUGACAGAGAUAGCAUCUCUCAAUGAGGUGAAGAGGAGGCUGGAGAGAGCCCUGGCCGAGACCACGGGGCCCCUUCAGGUGUCUCAAGAGUGUUUGUACCACAGAGAGAAGCGGAUGUCCAUCGAUCUGGUACACGACGACGUGGAGAAAGACCUCAUUAAGGAAGUGGAAGCCAUCAAGUCAUGUCAAGAAAGGAUGAGGCGCCACCUGGACAGAGCCGUCGCCCAGCUAGCGUCAAACAGAGCAGCGCAGCACGAACUGGAGCGAGACAUGAGCGACAAGGUGUCAGCUCAGAGGAUCGACGACCGGUGUCACCAUCUGAGGAACACGUCAGAUGGUAUCGGCUACUACAGAGGGGUUGAAAGGCUGGACCCUUCACUCUCUUUGCCGAACUCGUGGUCCAAGUUCUCCGACGACAACAUCCUGCUCUCCCAGAGCGAGCGAGCUGCCUCCCACAAGCUCAGGGACGAGAUAGAGAUCCUGCUGAACUCCACGUCCAACGAAAUGUGGAACCAGUUCAGCAAUGUCAACGUGGCCUUCACCAACCGCAUAUCAGAGACCGCAGACGCCAAGAACAGCCUGCAGACUCACUUGGCUAAGACCCUGCAGGAGAUCUUUCAGACUGAGAUGCUGAUCGAGUCUCUGAAAAAGGCCCUGAGAGACAAGGAGUGUCCCCUGAAAGUGGCUCAAACCAGACUGGAGGAGAGAACCCGCAGGCCCAACAUCGAGCUCUGCAGGGACAACCCACACCAUAGACUCGUGGGUGAGGUGAGAGAGAUCGAGGACACCAUUCACAAGCUCCGGGAGCGGCUGAUGGAGGCGGAGAACACGCUGCAGAUGCUGCUUAAAACCAAAGUGACCCUUGAACAUGACCUGUCCAUCAAGGCCAACUCACUCUUCCUGGACCAGGAGAAGUGCAUGAGCAUGCGCAAAAGUUUUCCCAGCAUGCCCCGUUUGGUCGGCUACACAUGAAACCGCGUAUUAAAAAUUAGGUGAUUGAUGUUUAAGGUUUUGGGGUGAUUUAGAUGUGUUGGUGAGUUUGAAUUUAAAAUGAUAUAAGUUUACAGGCUCUGAUUUCUUUAUCUGAUCAUCAAAAGAGGAUUGUCUUAAUUUUGACUCUAGUACCUGUAAUGUAUUUAAAAGAUACAUUUUGAAAAAAGUGAUGUCGGGUGAAGAAUAAACUGCCAUGUUGAUUUAUCAGACAUAACCGAGUGUCUUUUAAUGUUCAUCCUUAUCCG